AGAUCUCCACUCCGCCUCUUUCUCAUCAUCUUCCUCUUCGAUUCUAUCGAUUUUUGAGGUUUGAGUUUGACUCAGACCCCACUUGGUAGUAUCAGGUUUAACGCUUAUCGUUGAGGAGUGUGUGUGGUUAAUGGCUAAUCGGAAUUUGGAGAAAUUGGCAUCGAUCGAUGCGCAAUUGAGGCUUUUAGUUCCUGGAAAAGUUUCAGAGGAUGAUAAGCUGAUUGAGUAUGAUGCUUUGCUUUUGGACAAGUUUCUUGAUAUUCUUCAGGAUUUACAUGGAGAGGAUCUCAAAGAAACGGUUCAAGAGUGCUACGAGCUUUCUGCUGAGUAUGAAGGAAAGCAUGACCCUAAGAAGCUGGAGGAGCUUGGAAAUGUGUUAACAAGUUUAGAUCCAGGGGAUUCCAUUGUUAUUGCAAAAGCCUUUUCUCACAUGCUUAACUUGGCCAAUCUGGCUGAAGAGGUUCAGAUUGCUUAUCGCCGGAGGAUUAAACUGAAGAAGGGUGACUUUGUUGAUGAGGCUAAUGCAACAACUGAAUCUGAUAUUGAAGAAACUCUUAAGAAACUUGUACAUAAGCUUAAGAAAUCCCCUGAAGAAGUGUUUGAUGCACUCAAGAAUCAAACUGUUGAUCUAGUUUUCACUGCUCAUCCAACUCAAUCUGUCCGCAGAUCUUUGCUUCAGAAGCAUGGAAGGAUUCGGGACUGUCUUGCGCAGUUAUAUGCCAAAGAUAUCACCCCUGAUGAUAAGCAGGAACUUGAUGAGGCUUUGCACAGAGAAAUUCAAGCUGCUUUCCGCACUGAUGAAAUCCGGAGGACUCCUCCAACCCCACAAGACGAAAUGAGAGCUGGGAUGAGUUACUUCCAUGAAACAAUAUGGAAGGGCGUUCCUAAAUUCUUACGUCGUGUUGACACUGCUCUCAAGAACAUUGGGAUCAAUGAACGUGUUCCGUAUAAUGCCCCUCUUAUACAAUUUUCUUCCUGGAUGGGCGGUGACCGUGAUGGUAAUCCAAGGGUAACCCCUGAGGUCACAAGGGAUGUUUGCUUACUUGCGAGAAUGAUGGCUGCAAACAUGUACUUCUCCCAGAUUGAGGAUCUUAUGUUUGAGAUGUCCAUGUGGCGUUGUAGUGACGAACUCCGUGUUCGAGCAGAAGAACUCUAUCGAUCAUCAUCAAAGAGAGAUGUCAAACACUACAUUGAGUUCUGGAAACAGGUUCCUCCUACCGAACCAUACCGUGUUAUUCUUGGUGAUGUUAGGGACAAGUUGUAUAAUACGCGUGAAAGAUCACGCCAUCUGUUAGCACAUGACGUAUCUGACAUUCCAGAGGAGUUGGUUUAUACCGAUGUUGAACAGUUCUUGGAACCUCUAGAGUUAUGCUACCGAUCGCUAUGUGCUUGUGGUGAUCGAGUGAUUGCUGAUGGCAGCCUUCUUGAUUUCUUGCGGCAAGUCUCCACCUUUGGACUCUCGCUUGUGAGGCUCGAUAUCCGACAAGAAUCAGACCGCCACACGGAUGUCCUUGAUGCCAUCACUCAACAUUUGGAAAUCGGGUCUUACCGUGAAUGGUCUGAAGAGAAGCGCCAAGAAUGGCUUCUAGCUGAGCUAAGCGGAAAACGCCCGCUAUUCGGCCCCGAUCUCCCAAAAACCGAGGAAAUCGCUGAUGUUUUGGAUACAUUCCAUGUGUUGGCGGAACUUCCAGCAGAUUGUUUUGGUGCUUACAUUAUCUCCAUGGCUACAUCCCCUUCUGAUGUGCUUGCUGUUGAGUUGCUUCAACGGGAAUGCCAUGUAAAGCAACCGUUGAGGGUGGUUCCACUUUUUGAGAAACUUGCAGAUCUCGAUGCGGCUCCUGCUGCCGUGGCCCGUCUUUUCUCGAUCGAGUGGUACAGAAACCGGAUUGAUGGUAAACAAGAAGUUAUGGUUGGGUAUUCGGAUUCAGGAAAGGAUGCUGGAAGGCUUUCUGCUGCGUGGCAACUGUACAAGGCUCAAGAAGAGCUUAUAAASGUUGCKAAAAAGUWYGGAGUUAAGCUCACCAUGUUCCAUGGACGUGGUGGGACCGUUGGGCGAGGAGGCGGACCCACUCAUCUUGCUAUUCUCUCCCAACCACCCGAGACUAUUCAUGGGUCACUCCGAGUCACCGUUCAGGGUGAGGUUAUCGAGCAAUCUUUUGGUGAAGAACAUUUGUGUUUCAGAACUCUUCAGAGGUUUUGUGCAGCUACCCUUGAGCAUGGGAUGAACCCCCCGAUCUCACCACGACCCGAAUGGCGUGCACUUAUGGAUGAGAUCGCAGUUUAUGCAACCGAGCAAUACCGUUCGAUUGUGUUCAAGGAACCACGUUUUGUCGAGUAUUUCCGUCUCGCCACGCCAGAACUAGAAUACGGGCGGAUGAACAUCGGAAGUCGUCCAUCGAAACGAAAGCCGAGCGGAGGCAUAGAAUCUCUCCGAGCCAUUCCGUGGAUCUUUGCAUGGACUCAAACCAGGUUCCAUCUCCCUGUUUGGCUCGGGUUCGGGGCUGCAUUCAAACAUGCCAUCGAGAAAGACAUCAAGAAUCUUCACAUGCUACAAGAAAUGUACAAAACAUGGCCUUUCUUUAGGGUCACCAUCGAUUUAGUUGAAAUGGUGUUCGCUAAGGGUGAUCCUGGCAUUGCUGCUUUGAACGACAAGCUCCUCGUGUCUGAAGACCUAUGGUCGUUUGGAGAGUUGUUGAGAGCCAACUAUGAAGAAACCAAGAAUCUUCUCCUCCGGAUUGCUGGACAUAAGGAUCUUCUCGAGGGUGAUCCGUACUUGAGACAAAGACUCCGUCUACGUGAUUCCUACAUCACGACCCUGAACGUAUGCCAAGCGUACACACUGAAACGGAUCCGUGAUCCAAACUAUCACGUGACAUUGAGGCCUCAUAUCUCAAAAGAGUAUGCCGAGCCAAGCAAACCAGCGGACGAGCUUAUCAAACUAAACCCGAAGAGUGAGUACGCCCCAGGAUUGGAGGAUACCCUCAUCUUGACCAUGAAGGGUAUAGCUGCUGGAAUGCAAAAUACCGGUUAAUUAUCGAUUGUAUCGAAUGCCGGAAAAGUUGUUUCUGUUUCAGGGAUGUGUUUUGUGUUAUCUAAUGUGUAUUAUCGAGUCAUGGUCUUGUUUGCAGAGAGGUAAAUUUGGGUUGUGAGGAUGGUGGUUGCUAAUGCGUGUAGUGCUAAAGUGUACAACGUGCAUCGUUGAUGGUACCUUUUCGAAAAACAGAUGAAUUAUGGUACUUUUCGAAUAAAUAAUGGUUCCUUUUUUUCGUUUUCA